GACACGGAGAGGAGGUCAUGAUGGAGAGACGCAGAGAGAAAGGGGGAGAGGCAAAAAAGAUACAAGACAGGGGGAAGUGAGAGGAGCAUAUGAGAGGAUAACUGCCUGUUUGCUCACUCUUGUCUUCUUGCUCCCCCUCCUGUCCAUUCACUUCCACUUACAGCACAAACGCUCAGACAGCGAGGUAGGCACAGCUGAGCUCAGAGCUCUGAGGGAUGGAUAAAAAGGUUCCCACGUGAAAGCCAUGAAUCCACAGGAGAGGAGAGGGAGAUAGAAGAAGACACAACCAGAGAGGAAAGGAGAAAGAGGUGAGGAGGAGAGGGAGAGGGACACGAGAGAGGAGCAGCUGGACCUUACACAGAGGAAAGGAAACGGUGUGAAGCUCAGCGCGCAGCAGUGACAGAGAGGUGGGAAUAAGAGCAAACAUGAACGCCAGAGGGAUGGAAGAAUGGGCUGAGGAGACGUGAAGGAAUAGCAGACGAGGAGCAGCAGAGAAGGGGAACAGGAAGAGAGAGACGUGGAACUCACGCUGUCUUCCACCAUGAGAGAAUGAGUCACUGAAAGAAGAGUUAAGAAAAGAAAGAAGGAGGGAGAUAAAGUCAAAAGGAAAGGAGGGAGGACGAAGAGAAGUUGAAAUAGAUAGGCCAUUAUGGGGAAGUACGCAGGCCCAUCCCAUACUUUGGCCGUCCAAUCUCCCGAGGGCCCAGGGGACAAAGCAGGAGAAGGAAGGGUCGCCAAGUAGACAAGCCAAUGUGAUGGACACAGAAAGGAUGGACAGGCUCCAUUUUCUUCCUCCCUGCUUAUUCGCCGGUAACUUCUCCGGUCUCAAGAGUUCGUCUCCCUGGAAAGUUAAAGAGAAAUAAGUGUACAACUUCACAAGACAUGGGAGAGUAUGGACACUUUUGACAUGCUAAAUUCAAAGAGUAUUUGCUGCACAUGUUUAUAUUUUGUACAAAAUUAAAUGCUUUUAAGCAUUUACCACAGUGAUCCACACUUAAUAUUACUACACCUUGAACUGUGAAUACGGUAAACCAUCCUUUCUAAAGGACAAUCUUAGUUGCAAAGGAAGUCCUGAGUGCUGCACAUCCUAUAAAUCCUAUAAAUAAAUUAAUCUUAUGAAGUCUAUUCUGUGAUGAAACUGGAACUCAAUCAGUUGUACAGAUCUCUUACUGUUAUGAUGAAUACAUAGUAAAGGGGAGAUCAGUUUCCUUGUUGACGCACUGACACAGCUAAGCCUUCACAACAUCAAACUGCCCGCAGAGCCUUUGGAUGUUGGGGGAGCGAGAGAGACAAGAGAAAUGGUGAGCAAAGAGCCCAACCACUUGCUCACAGGCCAAACAAACGGCAAGAGCACCUUGGCGGACAAGUUGCCCGGGACAAUGACUGUGCGCUCUGUGCUGCUCAAUCGAGACUCCCCAGAUAUUGAGAGCCGCCUCAAGCGCCGCCGCAACCGCACCCACCAGGUCCGCUUCAAAGACCUGGAGGAUGGCAGCAGCAGCAGUGGCAACAGUGGGACAGGAGAACACAAUAGCCAUCAGAGGCCUGCCACCGAUUGUGACAGCCCACAUCCUCUUCGCAAACACAGCAGCAGGUCUCCCAAGCCAUGGACUGACAGGGAUGAGCUGCGGACUCAGAGUCUACCUGGCCAAACCUCUGUGGUGGGGGCUGUGCGUGGGGACAUGGCAAGUACUAUAGAGGUGGUGGCUGCUUUCUUAGCCAGGGCCCCUCCUCAUCCAUUGACGCCGGGUCCUACACGUCGAUGCUGGGCACCACCACAGGCAAACUUCCUAACCUUACCAAUGACACGCAGGCCCAGUACAAGCACCAGCACAGCCAUCCAGACCUCCCCAUGCCUCAAAAAGCCCCAGUCCCUCUCUUCCACACACACACGUAGCCACAGCCUCGGGGACUCGGUGGGCAUGGAUGGGGAUGAUGAACAUGACUCUCAAGAUGAGUACCUUACGCACAACCAUGUGUUGGUGCCUGUUUCCAAGGAUCAGAAUGGUCCUCCUGGGCCUGGAGAUCAAACUGUGGUGGAACGGAGGUCUAAAUCCUCCCGGACAGACAUCAAAUCAGCUGUCAGUGUGGUGAAAAACUCCAGGCACAGCUGCCCCCCAUCAGUGUUUCACAACACUGAGCCAUUUCACUGUUCCUCUGUAUCCUGUCGAGAUGGCCCCAAGCGUCAGGGAAGCAGCACUCCCUCGGUGAUCAGGAGGAGAAAGCGGCUGAAUCGGACAACAAGUGAUCCUGGAAAGGAAGUGCACUACUGCACCACUCCCACUCAGACUGAAAGCCCCAGAAAAUCCCAGAUUCCCCCAAAUGACAAACUCUGUACCACUCAAGUUCAAACUGAGAGCCCUUCCCCAACUCAAAAUUCAAAGUAUUGUACCGCCCAAAGUCAAACUGAGAGUCAACAUAAAUCUCCACCUUUGGGUGACAAACAAUGCAUAACUCAAAUUAAAAUCACCAACUCUCGUCCAACCCCACCUGCAAAUGCUGAACAGUGCACCACUCAAAUACAAACAGACUCGCCCAGUCACGCUCCUGUAAAUCACGAACCUUGCACUACCCAGACACAAACUUGCAGCCCUUGUGCUUCCCCACUUCAGACAGUAUCACUGAGGUCAAUGCAAAUUCAAUCAGAGAGUCCUGUAUCCCCAACUGUGACUCAAGACCCCCCCACCACCCAAAUAACUACUGUGCCUUACUGUACCCCUCCCUCACCUACAAGUGCACCAACACAGACCCCUGAACCCUGCGCUAAACCACUUUGCUCCUCUCCAGCCAAGGCAGCUUGCACCAACCCCCUUCCACCCAUAGAACUGUCCGUUCCUUGCUCCACUUCUGCACCUACUGUCGUCCAACACCCUAUCCCUUAUUAUACUGUUGUGUCGCCUCCAACAACCCCGAGCACGGUUGUUGUCUGCUCCAGUCCUUCCUCAACUCCAUCAUGUCCCACCCAAAACUGCACCUCCCCUUUCUCAAACAUAGUAUCAGCUCCCCUAACCUGUUCCACCCCUACCCCAACUGUAACCCCAAAUAUAACUACCUGUGACCCCAUUAUACAUCCAACCUCUGCCCCAAAUGUAACACAUUAUCAACCACCACACAGUGCAUCAAACUCUACACCUCCGAUGAAUCUAACACCAUGUACAUUUGUAACUCAAACUGCUCUGUCAUGCACCUCUAUAUCAUAUUACUCUACCACACAUUCGGUUAAUCCCCAUUCCCUUCACACAACUUCUACUUCACCUUCUUAUGCCACUCUCAUACAAACUGUGUCUCAUUGCAACAUCCCAUGUCAAGCUCUGCAAAAUACCUCUUCUGCCAACACAGGCAUAACACCCUACUCCUCCCCAGUCCCCAAACUAAAAUCUUGCACAUCUCCUCCUCCACUUGUGAAAACAUAUGCGUCCACUCUUCCAAAUGCACAGCUGUGUGCAACACCAACUAAAGCUGUUCCUCUUUAUUCUUCCACAUUUCGUGCUGCACCACCAUACACGCCCCCUUCUCAGGCGCCCUACAACGCUCAGGAUAAGAGGGGCAUACGACUUCCACCUCCUCCUCCUCCACCUCCACCUUACACACCACGCAAAAAGGGGAAUGAACCACCUGGUCCUACAAUCCGAACACCCAUGCUCAGGGCUGACAGCAAGGUCAGCAAGAAAGAUAAAGAUGGGGAGAAGGACAAAAAGGAAGAUAUAAAAUGUACAGACUCACCCAAGCUUUGUGAGAGAGCCAGCUCUCUGAAGCACAGAGCUCAAACUCCACCAGUUGCUGUGAUGAAGGGAGAGAAGCAGCCCUCCUCCUCCUCCUCCUCUCCUGCCAAGGCCUGUUUUAAGUCCAGCUGUCUCAGCUCAGCCCAGGCUCAGCUUGGGGUGCUACACAAAAUGCUCUGCUCAGGACCCAACGCCAGGUCCAACACCCCCAACAGCCAACACACUCUCCCUCCAAACCAGCAGGGUUGCUCUGGAGGCAGGGGCUGCUCUGCUUCUGGGGAGCGGCCUACAGCUGGGCCCCUGACUGCCACCCAGGCUGACACACUGAGACAGGUCCAGGAAAUUCUAGGAGGAUUGGUGUCUGGCGCCAGGUGUAAACUGGACCCAUCCAGGGUGGCGGAGAGGCUCCUGGGUCCCAACGGACCCCUGCACGAUAUUCGUAGCCUGCAGACCCAGCUCCAAAGCCUGGAGGGGGUCCUGGAGACCAGCCAGAACACCAUUAAGGUCCUGCUGGAUGUCAUUCAAGAUCUUGAGAAGAAGGAAGCCGAGAGAGACGGAAGACAUUCAUACAGAACCGGACAGGACAUUGAGAACUGUGGCACCUGCAGGGACUGCGCCUGCAUCAUCUACAGUGUAGAGCAUGACUUUCGUCUGCAGGAAGGGCAGGUGGUCCGCACGUGGAAGGUGGGCGACCCUCCUGAGGGCUCGCCACAGACCCCCACCCCCCAGCCCUCCACACCCCAACAACAGGACUCCCCUCAGGCGGUGCGACCCCCCGCCACCACCAAGAAGAACAGGAAGAAAUGCUUCUGGUUCCUCUGAGUGCUCCAGGAUGGAGAACAAGACGUUCUGACACUGCAAUACACUGCGUACCCGUGUUUAAAAAGAAAAACAGCCUCCAAAUGAUAAACUGUGUGUGGAACGAGCUGCAGAGUGAAAGCGCUAACGUGGAGCUGUGGGAGGAGAGCGGGUUACGCAGGUCACUGCUGGAGCCGGUGAGAACGGUUUGACUGGGGCGCACAUGUUGUUACUGCUCUUAAAAUGCCUCUUCAGCACUUACAGGUUUGAUUCUGGCGCAGGGAAGUAAAAGUGCUGAAGGCAAAUAAAAGCAGAAGUUCAGUCCACAAUAUGACUCACAGUUAUGAAGCAAUUAGAAGAUAUAAAGAGAAUAUAUAGCGCGAGGAGCGGCGCAAGGGGCACCGUGCAAGAGGCAAUACAGUGAGGAGGAGGGAGAAUAUUUAUAAAGGAUGAAAUGUAUAAAGUUUAUAGGCAAAGAGAGAAAAGGACAGAGGAAGGAUUCAUCUUCAUUAAUGGACUAAUGAGGGUCAGAACACCAGCUUUUAUAUCCACAGACAUUUCAGAAGAAUUAUUAUGACCUGUAUUUAAAACUUUUAAUAUUCUGUAACUGAUGGCAAACUGCUCCACAUGUCACACACACACACACACACACACACACACACACACACACACACACACACACACACACACACACACACACACUCACACAACACGAGGGAGUUCUGCACAUAUCAGAGGUAUUCUGCGUGGAUGCUAUAUUUCAGAUAUGGAUUACUGCUCUAUAAAAGUAUUU